AUGACCAGAUAUCCAGGCAUCGUGUAUCGCUCCCUCGACCAGCGUCUUCUACAUCUGCCACUUCAAGAGGUCGACGUGAGAGUAUGGAUGGUCGACGUCUCUGCGAAAGUCAUGGUCUAUCAAACUUUCGAGAAUGAGUCAGAGAGCCCUACAAGCCGCGCAAAAUAUGUGUUCCCUCUUCCCGCAAAUGCUGCAAUUUGUGCCUUUGAGCUCGAACAUGCCAAUGGGCACGUUAUAACCGGUGUUGCAAAAGAGAAGCCAGAAGCCGCAGAAGCUUUUCAUGGUGCGAUGGAUGCUGGAAUGUCUGCGGGAUCAGUAGAAAUAUUCACGCUUUCAGUUGGCUCGAUCCCCGCCCGGCAGAAGGUCACAGCAAGAUUGACAUUUGUGAUGAAUCUUUUCGAUGAGGCAAGACAAGAUCAUAUCUGUCUACGGCUUCCAAUGACAAUUGCUAAACGAUAUGGCGAGACUCCAGCAGCCUUGCUCAAUGCACCCACAACUGAUGAAAGGACGCGUGUUCAUAUCACUGUGGAUGUCCAAACCAGCGAUGUGAUACAGGGCAUACGUAGCCCUACUCACCGGAUUUCUCCCCCCCAACGAUACAGGAAACACGCGGCAACAAAGCCUGAACGACGGAUGACCGCAAGGUGGUCAUCUACAACGUUCCUAGACCGAGACUUCGUGCUGACGGUACACGCUCUUGGACUUAACGAGCCUCGGUGUUUCGCCGAAGUCCAUCCCCAGCGUGCGGAUACAAUUGCCAUGCAGCUCUCUUUCGUACCGAAGUUCGAGAUGCCUCGCGUUGCACCACAAGAAUACAUAUUCGUUGUUGAUCGCAGUUCGAGCAUGAUCGGAGCCCCGAUGGAAACAGUUAAGCGCACGUUAGGAAUGCUCUUUCACCUCUUGCCAGACUCGGAUACGACAUUCAAUAUCUUCAGCGAGGUUGAUGGUAUGUGGGAGACGAGUAUGCCAUUCAAUGCCAAGAACAUGCAGUACGCGAUCUCAAAUAUACAAGCCAUACAAGCCAAUAAUAGCGGAACGGAAUUUGCCCACAUUUUGCAGCUUGCAGUAGCAUCUCGUGAUCGCAAUCGCCCGACUAUCAUAUUCGUUCUUACUGGUGGUGGCGUACAUCCUGGAGUGAAGCCCCUUGGGAUGUUUGCGCGGUGUCGUAGAGUGGUCACACAAGUCUUAUCCAGAGUCAAGCACUUGAAGCCGUCGUCCGACUCGAAUGUGGGUCUGAUGUCGCCUGAGGCUCUACUCGAACUAAUGAUGAGACAGUCAUCCACAAACCCCGAUCCAUUCGAGGUUGUCUCAGCGGCUGUCGAUAGCUGCAGGCCAAACGCGCCAUUGAAGCUAUUCACCCUCUGGAUCGGUGAACAUGUCGCAUCGGCCGCGUGCGAGCGCCUCGCUCGCUCGAGCGGAGGUGAAUGUUUGCUUGCAGUUGAAGCUGAAGACAUGAUUAGGAAGUGUGCAAGGCUUCUGACCGCUGGCCGGACGGGCGUAAUCGAGAGUGUCGUGGUUGAUUGGCAUGGUUCGGGUAACCCACCAGCCAUCAACUUCUCACCCUAUCCGAUACAGCAGGUUCCACAUAGGAUCACGAAGAUAUUUCCCGAGAUGCGCUUGAAUGUCUUUGCAAUCACCACCUUUAGAUUAAUCCCUCCUGAAAUCAGGUUGCGUGUCAAGGUUGAAGGUUUGACUCGGGUCCUCGAGCUCGUGGUACCGGUCACGGUAGUUAAACAACCGUUCAAGGAUGAACCUCCACUCCUCCAUACUUUGGCGGCACAAGAACUCAUUAAGCACCUGGCAGAGGGUAGAAUACCACUUCCAAGGCCUGUGGCGCCUACCACGAAUGAGGAAGUUCAAAAGAUGGCAAUUGUCCAAUUAGGACUCGAGUACCAGCUUGCGAGCCAGUACACAUCCUUUGUUACCAUAGAGACCCGACGUGAGAUGGAGGGGAGCAGGCUACACUGGACGGCGUCAGUAGAAAGCUCUCGGCAGCAGCAUUAUAACGCAUUCCCACCUAGCAUCACGAGUGACGCUCCUGAAGAUUAUGCUUUGGGAAUGGAUAUGCCUAUGGUGCAGACAGUUUUGGACAACUUGUCUCGGGCGGUCGACACAGUGUUCGACUUUUUCACCCCAGAUGCUGCUCUGACACACUCGAGACGCCAAAGCUUUCCUGGUACAUAUUAUUCCACCGCACAAUCACGUUCGAGCUUGUUGUCCAGUCAGGGCGCACAUCUGUUUCAUCACGAUAACUCGAGCACGAAUACGUUCUCCACGUUGAGUUCAUUGGAAGGCUCUUCCACCAACUGUCAAUGCACCCAUUCUCGGUCGUCCAGCCCAUUGCGUCCUUCGGCAGAUUCGAUCCAGCGCAUCCCAUCGCCAGUCUUCGGUUCAACACGCAACGCAUGUCUGAGGGUACGACUGCCGGGACGUGCAGUAGUGUCCGACUCUUGCCCACCACCCGUGCCUAAGGAAGUGUAUGCUCUUAUCUUGCUGCAGGGCUACGACGGCUCAUUCACGUCGUCGCCUCAAUUAGAGGCGCUUCUUGGCGUGGAGAUCCUAGAAAAGGCGGCAGAUUUACAGGUCAACGAGAAUGUAUGGGCGACUGCUGUUGUUGUGGCGUACCUGAGGCAUCACCUGGGUGCGCAACCAGAUUUUUUGCACGUUUUGCUGAGCAAGCCUCUGGAGUAUGUUGAGAGAAAGGGAAAGAGAUUGCUGGCCGGAGGAGAAUUUUCAGACUUGGUGGCAAUUGCGGGACGCUCUGUAGGAUAG